AUGAAAGUAUUUUUAGUUAUUAAUCAUCUGCCAACACCGAUCAUCCUACUCACAUUGGAAAUGGUAUUAGUCAUUCAUUGGCGUUUUUACAGUUCAUCUGUAGAAUAUAACUGUGGGCACGAUGAUGAUGAUGAUGAUGAUGAUGAUGAUGAUGAUGAUGAUGAUGAUGAUGAUGAUGAUGAUGAUGAUGAUGAUGAUGAUGAUGAUGAUGAUGAUGAUUAG